AUGAGAGCGGCAACUUGGAUAUUGCUGUUCUCUCUAGGGAGUGUUUAUGCACAAGUCGACAACGGCGUCAUCGGAGACCCGUUUUUGGAUUGUGGCGAUGGGCAUAUUGAGAUCCGUUUCGACACACGAACCCCAUUCCGAGGGCUCGUCUUCGUCGAAGACAAGCUAAACGACCCCGCCUGCCGCUCUCCCCCAGCUGAUGGAGACGGUGUGCGCAACACCUCACUUCGCAUCGGAUUCGAAGAAUGCGCUGUGCACAAACGAUUCUCGGAAUCGCCUCGGGGUCUUUUCGUGACGACCCGUGUGAUCAUUGCCUUCCAUCCUGAAUUUCUCACCAAGGUCGACCGGCUUUACCAAGUUCAAUGCUUUUACAUGGAGAUGGAGAGAAGGCUCGAGAAACAGAUAGAAAUAAGUAUGGCUCCUCCAACAAUGCACACCGCCAACAUCCCAAUGCCAGUAUGCAAAUAUGAAGUCUUGGAUGGGAGCCCGAAUGGCCCACCAGUACUUUACACGACUGUCGGCCAGAUGGUAUACCAUAAAUGGACGUGCGAGUCGCAGUACAACGACACGUUUUGCAUGACCGUCCAUAGCUGCACGGUCAAUGACGGCAAUGGUGAUGUCGUCAGGUUACUGGAUGAAAAGGGAUGCGCGCAAGACAAGUACUUGCUCAACAACCUCGAGUACAUCUCGGACUUGAUGGCAGGUCGUGAAGCUCACGUCUAUAAAUAUGCCGAUCGGGAGAACAUGUACUUUGAUUGUGAGAUUACGAUUUCGAUCAAGGAACCGGGGCAGGAGUUUUGUGAGUACCCGACGUGCCCAGAACCGCCAAGACGUCGACGUUUGGCAGAGCUGGAGCAUGAGGCGAAUAUUUCAAACUUGGCAAGUGGCGAAAAUGCUACCUUCGAAAUUGACGGAAAAAUGGUGUCGAGGGAGCCGUUUGUCAGUGUUCAUUACGAUUUGAGCCAGUUUGGCUUCUGCUCAUCCGGAAUUGGAGCCGUCGUCUUCGUCAGCUUCAACCUCUUCUCGAUCAUUCUCUCAGCGAGCCUGGUGUUCAACACAUUUGCCAUGCUCAAAAGUGGAAAGCCGUUG